UUCGUAAUAAAAUCCUCAAUCCAUCAAGUUUGGAUGAUUUUAUCAAAGAGACCGUUCAUUGCCCAGAAUCACUCAUGAUACUAUACUAUGAUUGGCUUCGGGAUUUCAAAUCGUAUUGGGCCGUGUUUGGGCUCAUAUCUUUCUAUUGGCACCCGUACGACGUUGUCGAGGAACGCCACUGGUCAGAUCCCAGAAGCCCAACAUACUGAUUUGGCCGAACAAAGCGCGACGUCCUUGCUGCUUCACCCACGAGUGUACCAGAGAAGAGACAACUGUCGUCCUUCUCUCCCUCCAGUGGAAGUCUUCUGAUCUUCUCAGUCCCACUAGAGUUUCUGGUUUCAUCUACCUUUUAUUUGGGAGAGAUUGUCGUAUUCUUCUCCUUCUUCAUCAACGAUGGACAGAAGCGGAAAACUUAUCUCACCCCAUCUGGCCUCCAUGUCAACUCCGCGAUUUCCUUCCUCCAAGAAAUGUCUCCUUUUCCUUUACAGUGCUCCUGUUUUACCCAUCUCACAAAAUUCUCAUAGCUUAGAAGACUUUUCCUUUUUCCUUUUUUUUUUUUUUUGAAUGAAAUCGAUUUUUGGGUUAUCGAGAUUUUGCAGGCUUCAGCAGUAUAAGUUAGUCGGGAUGAAAUUUCUUGCCCAGCAGAGGGAUUUUCAGGCACUUAUUGCUGAUUUUGAAGUCUCUGAAGGCAUAUAUUUGCGGGCUUGCAUUGAGGAUGCUGAUUCGGUAUGUUUGUCUCUGGAAGCAAAUGUCAUGUUGGAAUAUUCAUGUGACAAGGUCAAUAUGGCUCGAGUAUACAAUUGGGAUGUUCACCAAUGCAGAAGCUGCUGGUACUUCUACAGAUUCAUGAAACAAAAAGUUUACUACAGUCCAGAUUCAGAGCAUGUUAAAUUUGUUCUGUCAACCAACUGGCAGACAGGAAUGCUUUCAGAGCCCUGGGUGCUUAGGAGCUUAUUCUUUCACCUUCCUUCAUGGUACUGUCGCUUGUGAAACGAUUGGAUCCGAUCAGGUUUCUUGUGGGAAAGAGAGAUAGUAGCAAAAGUUAAUAAAAUGAAGGGACAAGGAGUCUUGAUCACUGGAUCUCUGCUUAUGUAAGCAUCUUAUCCUCGAAAGGGUUGUAGAUAUGGAUGUUUUCUAUUAUAAAAUUGCAUUUUUUAGUCGAAAAUGACAUGACGGUGAACUUGGUGUUUGAUCAAGUCAAAAGAAUUGAAAUGAUUCUGUAUGUUGAAGGAACAGUAGCAGUGCCAUUCACAACUGGGUUGGAAUAUCACCAAGUUUCUGUUCCAUUAGAUCUUUCAUUUUUUUGUUUUUUUUGCCCCUGAACAGCUGUUCUAAAGACUUUGAUACGUGAGUUUGGUGGGACUAUUAUGUUUUUCGUUCUUGAUAAGCAUGCUUAUUUUUAAAUUGCC